AGAGACGAGACAGUACGCCACGCGCCGCCUGAGCCCUCGCGUCGCGACACCGCUCGCCGCGGCGGCGCUGCUCCUCUCCAGCGACCACGCGAGGAGGGAGAAGAGGAGGAAGAAGGCGAGAAGGGAGCAAGCUAGAAGAGUGGGAGAGGGGGACAUCUAGGUCGUCGACGGCCUCAAUGGGGUGGGGCAUACCGACGCGGCCGCCGGCGACGUCGACGCCGUCGCGGGUGCAGGCGCUGUACGAGCUCUGCAAGCGCACCUUCCCGUCGCCGUCCUCCGUCGCCGCGUCCUCCUCGCCGUCGUCUCCACCUCCCGACCACGCCAUCGGCGCCAUCUCCUCUCUCAUGGAUACAAUCACUCCUGUGGAUGUUGGACUCAGAGAUGAUAAUCUUGAGGAUGGAAGAGGAUUUGGGUUCUUUGAAUCAAACUUCUUGAAGAAUUCAGCAAGGGUUGCUAGAUGGGCGCAACCCAUAACCUACCUGCAUGUCUACGAGUGUGACGCCUUCUCUAUUGGAAUAUUCUGCUUACCAACAUCGGCGGUUAUUCCUCUCCAUGAUCAUCCGGGAAUGACUGUGUUGAGCAAAUUACUCUAUGGUUCGAUGCAUGUCAAAUCGUAUGAUUGGGUAGAGCCUGCUGUUCUAGCAAAUGGCAAGCCAGUGAAACUUGGAAAGUUACAUACGGAUGAUGUUCUGAAUGCCCCUUGUCCAACUGCUGUUUUGUAUCCCCAAAGUGGUGGGAACAUGCACUGCUUCACUUCAGUAAAAUCAUGUGCUGUUCUUGAUGUCAUUGCCCCACCAUACUCUGAAUCUUCUGGCCGUGUUUGCACCUAUUUUCACGAUUAUCCAUUUUCUAGCUUCUCUGGACAAGCAAAAGUAGUCCAUGGGCCAGAUAAUUAUGCUUGGCUUGAGGCCUUAAUCGUACCGGUGAAUAUUAAUAUGCGCCCUGGCACGUACACUGGCCCAACUAUACAGGAACAUCUGCCAUAAUCAAUAAAAAUGGAUAGGACAGGAGCAUCAAACUAUGUCCAAGUGCAAUCUCACAAAUACAGUUCUUGUCAUGUAGUGAUGUAAAUGUAACAUGUUCAUCUUUACAUUUUGAUUUAUGUUGGAACUUCCUUCAUAGAAAAGGUGUGGCUAUAGUGGUGACAUAGUCAAAACAGUUUGUACUAGCUACUCCGUAUCAUAGUUACCAACCUGCAUUCUAAAUUGCUUCUGGAGAGAUUGUAAAUGUAUUUAUGUUAAUGUCUACAUUUUUCUCUGUUUCGAUGCCUUCAGAAUUCAGAGAGGCUGGUUGCCAUGG